AGUGAGUCUCUCUGUGUUUGUGUGUGUGUGUGUGUGUGUGUGUGCAGCAGUGCUACAGGGCUGCCUGUGUGACGCUGAGGAAGAUCCAGCAUCCUCCUCAUCCUCUUCUCGAGCGCAGGGAAUUCUCUGUUUUCCCGGGAAUGUCGCGGGAGCGCGCUGGCGUGUGAUGACGGUAGCGUCGCGCGUCACUGAGCUGUAGGGAAGGGCGAGUGUGUGUGUGUGUGUGUAUACAUCUGUGAAGAGAAUCACAGUGAACUGGCCUUAGCUCUCGGGCUAACAUUAGCUGCUAACGCCGCUGUUUCUCUGAUCGUCCAGCAUGUGAACGAAAGUGAGUGCUGUCCUCAGCCCAUUGUUCGCCCGCUCUUCACCUUCAGCCUCGGCCUGGUCUGUGAGCAUCAUGACAAAAUCAUACCAGUUCAACUGGCAAAAACACAUUCCUGAUUUCCUGCAGGAGGGAGCCGUGUUUGACCGAUUUGAUGAGGAUCCCUUCGUCUUAGAGCCCAGCUGCCAUUUCAGAGUCGACGAGUUUGGCUUCUUUCUCACGUGGAAAAGUGACGGAAAGGAAGGUCAGCUUCUAGAAUGUUCUCUGAUCAACAGCAUUCGUCCUGGAGUCGUGCCGAAGGACCCAAAGAUCCAGGCGUCUCUGGAAGCGUCGGGGAAGAGUGAGGCGGAUUUGGACGGCCGCAUCAUCUGCGUGUGCAGCGGGACGGACCUGGUCAACCUCAGCUUCAUGUACAUGGUGACGGACAACACGGACACAGCCAAGAAAUGGAUGGAAGGCCUGAAAUCGGUGAUUCACAACUUCAAAGCGAAUAACGUAUGUCCAAUGACUUGCCUGAAAAAACAUUGGAUGAGACUCUCCUUCCUAACGAAUGUCAACGGCAAAAUACCGGUCCGAGGUAUCACACGGACAUUUGGCUCUGGUAAAACGGAGAAAGGAAUCUUCCAGGCAUUGAAGGAACUCGGUCUCCCCAGUGGAAAGAAUGAUGAAAUCGAGCAUUUGGCCUUCACCUUCGACAUCUUCUACGCUCUAACACAGAAGAUCUGCCCUCGCACGGAUAUUGAGGAGCUCUUCAAAAAGAUCAAUGGAGACAAAAGUGAUUAUUUAACCGUAGAGCAGUUAGUCAGCUUUCUGAAUGAAAACCAGCGGGACCCUCGACUCAACGAGAUCCUCUUCCCCUUUUAUGAAGCAAAACGAGUCAUGCAGAUCAUUGAGAAGUACGAGAGAGACGCCGACUUGAAAAAGAAAGGUCACAUGUCCAGCGACGGCUUCUGCCGAUACCUGAUGUCGGACGAGAACGCUCCGGUGUUUCUGGACCGUCUGGAUCUGUGUCAGGAGAUGGAGCAUCCGCUGGCUCAUUACUUCGUCAGCUCCUCACACAACACGUAUCUGACGGGUCGGCAGUUCGGUGGGAAGUCCUCGGUGGAGAUGUACCGACAGGUGCUGCUGUCCGGAUGCAGGUGUGUGGAGCUGGACUGCUGGGAUGGUAAAGGUGAGGAUCAGGAGCCCAUCAUCACUCAUGGGAAGGCCAUGUGCACUGACAUCUUGUUCAAGGAUGUAAUUCAAGCCAUAAAGGAAACGGCUUUUGUAACGUCUGAAUAUCCUGUCAUUCUGUCGUUUGAGAACCACUGCAGUAAAACGCAGCAGUAUAAGAUGGCCAAGUAUUGCGAGGAGAUCUUCGGAGAGCUGUUGCUGAAGCAGCCGCUGGAGGGAUUCCCAAUCGAAGCCGGGCAGCCGCUGCCGUCACCCAACGACCUCAAGCGCAAAAUCCUGAUCAAGAACAAGCGCUUGAAGCCUGAAGUGGAGCAGAAGCAGCUGGAGUCGUUUAAGAAGCACAUGGAGGCUGGAGAGAUGAGCAUACAGACUGGAGAAGAUGACAUCGAUGAAGAUUUGAACAGCGCACUGGAUAGUAAAGAGCUGAACGCAGACCUGAAGAGCAACAACACUGUGUCUCUGUCAGAGGAUCCAGAAGCAGAAGCUCAGGACAGCAGCAGGAAGAAGAUCCCAGACGACGAUGUCACUGAGUUCUCAGAAGUCACUGAAAUCACGGACGCCACAGACUUGUCAGAAGCGUCGGAGCUGGAGAACAAGAAGAAGAGCGGGGAAACGGCUGAAGACGCUGACGCCGAGCAGCAGCUCAUCGCCUCGUAUAAGUAUGAAGGAGCCACGACCAACAUCCACCCGUUCCUGUCCGCCAUGGUCAACUACGCUCAGCCCAUCAAGUUCCAGGGCUUCGAGGUCGCUGAGG